AUGUAUCAAGAGAAGACGGAGCAAGUCGAUCUACUCACUAAGAAAUACAAGACAAAGAAGAGUGAAUUCAAUGAACUAUCGCAUCGCAUCGACCAACAGGAAACCUGUAACAAAGAGUUGGAGGAACAGAGCUACCAGACUGCACAGGAGCUGAAAACAAUGCAAUUCUCACUGCAAUCCACUAGCGAUACACUCAAGAAGAAGGAGAAACAACUAGAGGAUAAUAAGGUGGAGAUCGAUACGUUGAAGAAGGAGCUGGCAGAGGUUAGACAAACCGUUGAAAUUCUACAAUCACAGCAAUCGCAACAGUCGAAUAGUCAUAGAAAACGCGAAGAUGAUUUGAAUCAACAGGCCUUUGAAUAUAAGACUAAGCUACUGGAGCAUAUGAAAGAGUUGAACGAUAUCAAACAGCGAUAUGAACAGACUGUAAUUGCCCAUGAAGAUCUGUCGAAUCUCUGUCAGCAGCUGACCAAGGAGCGUGACAAACUCGCCCAAUCGUUGGAGUCAAUGAAGCUUCUCAAGGAUGGAUCUACCGGCGGUCCGAAAGACGUCGAGCUGCGAACCACCAAGAAAGAACUGGAGUUUGUCAAACUGAAAAUGGACGAACUCUCCAAACUGCUAGUAGUAAAGAACAAUAUGAUCGAGCUACUACAAUCGAAUCAUCCAAUCAACAAUGUAUAUAAUGAUUUACAAUUGCCAUCAGCACAAACAACAGCAUCGUCCAAUCACAAUACUGCUAAUACUCCACAAGCAAACAACGAAACACCCGAUACAUCGAACAAACAAUCAACUACCACAACCGCAACAGAUACAACCAACAAAGAGAACCAACAAAACUCUGUUGUUGGUUUACCUAAACCUCCACUACCGGCAAUCAAAAAACAACCACUCAAGAUCAUCAAGAAGCUGCCAGCCAAGAAAAGAGAAUUGGAAUCAACAACAGAACAACAACAACAGCAAUCUACAGUUAUUACAACCACCACCGUUUCAAAUCAUUCAACUACAACAUCCACUACAAGUAGUAGCAGCAGCAGUAACGGUACAGAAACAGUCAAUCCUGCGAACAAGAGAGCAAAGACCGCAACUAGCUAUAAUAUGAUGGUGACAGGAUUCAAGAGUGAUAAGGAAAAGGAUGAAAUCACUGAGAUGGCUGUUAAGCUGGGUGGUGUAGUCCGAUCGACCAAUGAAUUCGAUCGAUAUAUAACCCAUGUAGUAAAUGCCAGUUUUGAAACACCAACAAUGAAGUCGAUCGCAGGUGCACUCACAAACAACUGGGUAGUUUCCACUCAGUGGAUAGUCGACAGUUUCAAGGCAGGCAGAUUCCUCUCCGAAGAAUACUAUGGUAAUCGUACAAUGGAGAGACCACUAGAGAACAAAAAGAUCAUGAUAACACCACCAUUCGAAGAGAAAGCACCACUCACCAAAAGAAAUAUUCGUGCACUAAUUACAAAUAUUGGAAGAGGUUCUAUUGUAGAUAAAGAAAAAGAUGCUGAUUAUAUUUUAGUUGGAAAUGAUAUGGAGACUGAAUCACCGAGACAUCUCAAUUGGCUAUUAUUACUAUAUAUAAAUAUUAUUACCAUAAAAUCAUUGACAAUUGAGAAAGAGGUUUUUAUUGGAAGUGAAGAUAUUUAUUUGACAAAGAAUAAUCAUCAUGUUUCAUCAUUUGUUUAUAAAGGAAAUUCAAAUCAUUCUAUGGUGGCAUCAAGAAAUGAUGGAUUGUUCUAUGUAGUAUCAAUGGAUGACUUGCACAUUGAGAGCAGAAUGAAUUUGGAUCCGAAAUCAUUCACCGAUGGUUCAGGUUUCUUUGAUGUUUAUGGUGGAUAUUAUUAUUUGAGUCUCAACAGUGAUGACAAAGUUAUAAUAAAUCAAUAUAGUAUUCAUAGCUUUAAAUUUAGAAACUCUUUAACAAUUUAUAAUACCAAUAUAAACUUUAAUGAUAAUUCAAUGUUUGUGGAUGGUGAUAUUGUAACAGUAAUAGUAUCACAGGAAAUAGUUCAAUUUUUAGCUUCAACCAUGAAAAUUAUUAAAACUUUACCAAUUGAUGGAAUAUGUAAAUUAACACAGAGUGCUACAGCUAUAAAAGAAAAUAUUUAUAUUGGAUGCACAUCUCAUGAUGAUAAACCAACAUUUUUAAUUGUGAAUCGCUAUUCUUUGGAAAUUAAACAAGGAUUAUCAUAUGAAUUUGGAUUCUUUCCAAGAUGUAUUACCAGGGUGAACAAUGAUCAAGCGAUAUUGGCAGCAAUUGUUCCUCCAGAUAUCGAGAUGGAUCCAGUUGUACUGAUGAUGUUGGACAAAGAUACACUCUUCCCGAUUGCAAACCAUUCGGUUCCACUGAGAAAUGUGUAUCCUCGUUUGGCACUAUCCAACUAUGACAACGGUGCAUUGUUUGCAUUUGGCAAUGAAAUCUAUUUAUUGACUAUCGAUAUGAAUAACAACAACAAUAUCAAUAUAAACGAUGGCAAUGAAAUGUAUUUCGAUUUGAACUCUGUACUAUCGCUACAGGGUUACAUCACCAGUGGCAACAUUGAUAGUAACACUCAACGGGCUAUCAUCCUCACCAGUGAGAGCAAACUCUAUAGCAUCAAGAUACCAGGAAAAGUACUACCGGAUCACCACAGAUACCACAAACAAGGUUGGACAUGGUGGAAGAUCACAUUCUUGGUGAUGGGAUUGACAUUCGGUCUCUCUAUGAUCGUAUUCUUUAUCAAACUAAUCGAAGCGAUAAAGUAUAAAAAACAAAACAAAGGAAAUAACAACAACAAUAAUAAUUAUAUUUUAUAA